AUGACUUUUUACUCUUCGCCGCCGGCAGCCACAGAAUUUGACGAUGCCAAGCCCACCUUGCUCGUAGCCUGGUGGAUAACACUAUUUUGUACCUGCCUCAUACUGCUUCGUCUGGCUGGACGAUAUAUACGACUCGAGAAGCUUUACCCGGAGGAUAAAAUCACUGCUGUGGUACUCUUGCCGCUGUAUGUGCGCAUCGCAUGCGUUCAUUUUGUUCUGUUAUAUGGCACAAACAAUGCACAAUUCGCCUUUGACUUGUCUCCGGAGGAGGUUCAUAAAAAGGUUACUGGGAGUCGUCUCGUCCUCGCGGGGAGAGUCUUCUAUGCUGCGACGUUAUGGACGCUUAAAUUAGCUACUCUUGAGUUUCUCGGCCGAAUUGCCGGCGCAUCAAUGAAUAAGUCUUCCCAGAAGCUAAUUGUCCUCCUACGCUAUACUCUGGCGGUAUCCUUUGUUGCCGUCGUCAUCAGUGACUUGGUCGAAUGUCGACCGAUCUCUCACUACUGGCAGGUCAUUCCAGAUCCAGGGCCAAAGUGUCGUCAAGGGUUCGCACAGCUCCUCACGAUGGGAUUAUCUAGCAUCAUACUAGACGUGAUCCUUAUUGCUCUCCCGGUACCGAUCAUUUUGUCUACUCGAAUUGCUACUAAACGCAAGGUGCUACUCGUUUUGCUCUUUGCCUUUGGCUUUCUCACAGUCGGCAUCACCCUUUACCGGAUACCCCAAAUCAUCCAGCGUCACGGCGACCAGGUAGUGCGAUCCAUGUGGGCUUCUGUCGAGCUUCUUGCAGCCACUACGGUUGCAAAUCUAGCGGCUGUAGGCUCAUUCCUUAGAGACAGUGGAGCAAAGAAGAGCAAGUUUCGGCCUGGCUACGAUAACGGCACUGGCGCCACUGCAUCUCAGCGGCAAAUGCAGGUAGCGGCGAGCCAAUGGGUUGGCGAUGAGAGAAAUCGAGAGGUCGAUAGCGGUGAAUGGACAGAUGACAUAGAGCCCGAGGUAGUGGUAUCUUCUAGCUCGAAGAACCAAAAGCGUCAUGACCAAUCGUGUGAUGUAAGGGGGACGAGUUCUAGUGAAAGUCGUUACUCACUCGUUCGCCCUGGCCAACGUGCAUCUUCACAAUUGCCAGGAGUCUUGGAACACAACAACCCCAGGAUGCCAAGUCCCGUUCUGCUGGAUAGUAUAAGAGAUUUCCAACGUGGAUAG